CGCGUUCGAGGCGGAGCUCGGGGGAGCCUGGCUGGCUGCUGCAGGCGGAGGGCGGGCGGGGAGAGCCGCCCUCCCCUCUUUUCCUCCCGCCGGCCGGCGAGCAGCCCGCAGAGGGACGCGGGCUCGGCGGGCUCCCGCAUAAAAGAUGGCAUUUCAGAAGGCAGUGAAAGGAACUGCUCUCAUUGGAGGAGGUGCCAUAGCAACAGUUUUUGGCCUCUCUCAAUUUUCUCAGUAUAGAAACAAACACGGUGCCUUGGUGCAGGUGCAGGCUGAAGAGGAUGCCCCGGUGAGGAUGGAGCACCUCCCCUCCAGGGAGGAGCAGCUGGCGGCCCUGCAGAGCGGCGCCGAGUUCGAUGUCGUGGUCAUCGGCGGCGGCGCCACGGGCUGCGGCUGCGCCCUGGACGCCGUCACCAGAGGACUAAAAACAGCCCUUCUAGAAAGAGAUGAUUUCUCAUCGGGGACCAGCAGCAGGAGCACUAAAUUGAUCCACGGUGGAGUGAGGUACCUCCAGAAGGCCAUCAUGAAUUUGGAUUUCGAGCAGUACAGGAUGGUGAAGGAGGCUCUGGAGGAGCGUGCUCAGCUGCUGCACAGCGCUCCCCACCUCUCGGCCCCGCUGCCCAUCAUGCUGCCCAUCUACAAGUGGUGGCAGCUGCCGUACUACUGGGUGGGGAUCAAGCUGUACGACCUGGUGGCGGGCAGCCAGUGCCUGAAGAGCAGCUAUGUCCUCACCAAGGCGCGGGCCCUGGAGCUGUUCCCCAUGCUGCGCAGGGACAAGCUGGUGGGAGCCAUUGUCUACUACGAUGGACAGCACAACGACGCGCGCAUGAACCUGGCCAUCGCCCUGACCGCCGCCCGCUACGGCGCUGCCACCGCCAAUUACACCGAGGUGCGGCACCUGCUCAAGAGCACGGACACGGACACGGGCCGGCAGCGCGUCUGCGGGGUGCGCUGCAGGGACGUCAUCACCGGGAAGGAGUUCGAUGUCAGAGCCAAGUGUGUUAUCAAUGCCACGGGACCCUUCACAGACUCGGUGCGCAAAAUGGAUGAUCAGGAGGUGCCCAACAUCUGUCAGCCCAGUGCAGGCGUGCACAUCGUGAUGCCUGGUUAUUACAGCCCUGACAACAUGGGGCUGCUGGACCCGGCCACCAGCGACGGCAGGGUGAUCUUCUUCCUGCCCUGGGAGAAGAUGACCAUCGCAGGGACCACGGACAGCCCCACGGAUGUCACCGCACACCCCAUCCCCACGGAGGAGGACAUCAACUUCAUCCUCAGGGAAGUGCGCAGCUACCUGGGCCCGGAUAUGGAAGUGAGAAGAGGAGACGUGCUGGCAGCCUGGAGUGGCAUCCGUCCCCUGGUCACCAACCCCGACUCCAAGGACACGCAGUCCAUAUCGCGGAACCACGUCGUGACCGUCAGCGACAGCGGCCUCAUCACCAUCGCAGGCGGGAAGUGGACCACGUACCGGGCCAUGGCGCGGGACACCAUCGACACGGCCGUGCGCGAGCACUGCCUCAAGGCGGGCUCCUGCAGGACCAUGGGGCUGCAGCUGGAGGGCGCGCAGGACUGGAGCCCCACGCUCUACAUCAGGCUGGUGCAGGACUAUGGACUGGAAAGUGAGGUGGCUCAGCACCUGGCUUCCACCUACGGGGGCAAGGCUUUUGAGGUGGCCAAAAUCGCCCAGGUGACAGGGAAGAGGUGGCCCAUUGUUGGGAAACGUCUGGUAUCUGAAUUUCCUUACAUUGAAGCUGAGGUGGUGUACGGCGUGAAGGAGUACGCGCGCACCGCCGUGGACAUCAUCUCCCGCCGCACCCGCCUGGCCUUCCUCAACGUGCAGGCUGCCCACGAGGCCCUGCCCCGCAUCGUGGACAUCAUGGCCAAGGAGCUCAACUGGUGCGAGCACAAGAAGAAGGAACAGCUUGAAACGGCUAAAACAUUUCUGUACUAUGAAAUGGGCUACAAAGUGAAAACAGACCAGUUAACAAACACGUCUGAGAUCUGUCUAGUGCCUUCUGAUAUUGAGAGGUACAAGAAGCGGUUCCACAUGUUUGACAAGGACAACAAGGGCUUCAUCACCAUCCUGGACGUGCAGCGUGUGCUGCAGAGCAUCAGCGUGCAGAUCGACGAGAACACCCUGCACGAGAUCCUCAACGAGGUGGACCUCAACAAGAACGGGCAGGUGGAGCUCAACGAGUUCCUGCAGCUGAUGAGCGCCAUCCAGAAGGGCCGCGUGUCGGGGAGCAGGCUGGCCGUGCUGAUGAAGAGCGCCGAGGAGAAGCUGGGCCACCGCCAGGCCAUCCCGGUGGACCGCAGCGGAGGGGGGCUCUGAGCCGGGGCUCCGCAGCGCCCUGGGCUCCCCGCGGCCUGCCCGGCACGGAGCCCAGCCCCUGCGGCUGUCCCAGACACUCCGUGUGCUUGUCCCUGUGCCAAUGGUUCCCUCACUGCCCGGGGUGGGCCCGCAGGAGCUGGGCCGUGCAGGAUGCGGGUCCUGCCCGGUCUGCAUCACCCCCACCUCGGGAGCACUCGGGGUCAGUGGGCCCUGCCCUUGCACCCUCCGAGGUUGAAAACAGCAUCUCAGAGCUGCCUCUGCCUCCUCCCCAGGAGUGCGAGAGGGGAGCUGUCCUGGAGAGGAGACACACUCCAGAGGAGCAAAGGCAGCACUUCCCGGGCUGGGGGUGGUGGAGACCUGUCCUGAGCCUUCUCGGGGUGGUAGGUUUGCCCUGUUACUCCAGUGGUGCCAGUGCUUGGCCACUCAGACAUUCCAGCUGGAAAACAAGGCACCUGGACUAAUCACCCGAGGUAAUAAUGUAGCUGGAAGCUGGGAACAGCUUAGCUUCUCCCUGUUAACACGAAUAAACCGCCUCUAAUAAAUGGCAUUGUCUGCAGGUGGUGCUUUGUGCAGUGAAAGAAAGGCAGAAGGUGCUCUGUGCUAAAAAGUGCUGCAAUUCUGGGGCAGAUCCUGAUGCUGUGUAGGAUGGGGCAGGUUUUGGUAGCACAACAGUCUUAAAUGUUAAUUUUACAAUGCUCGAACACAGUGAAAAAAACAAAGUGUGUGUCUUGCAUCCUACUAACUUUUCUAGAAAAAACAGCUGUAUUUCAGGCAGUUAAAUGAAAAAACCAAAGCAGGGAGCCCUCACUGGAGCUGUUUCCAGCACUGCUGUACCUGCCUGUUGUCCUCCUGCUGCAGGAUUGGGCUGAGAUCAGGUGGGAGGUUUCUGCCUGGUGUAGAACAAAGCAGGGAAACCUGGUUUGCUGCUGGAUUUGGCAUCUGCUGUAUUCCCUGAGUGGAGCAAUUUCCACCUCAAACCAAGCUUCCCAUCCCAGGGGUCAGUUUCUACUGAAGUAAAAUUUGAUGUAUUUAACUGGCAUCACUACGUCCACUGGUGGAAAAUAACAGGGCAGGAGCAAACAGGAAGGAUUCUGUUAUUCUAAAUAGAUCUGUUACUCAGAUAUAUUUAGACAACCUGCCCCUUGGAUAUUUUAAUAGGGAAAAUGGUUCCAGACACAAAUGGAGAUGCUGAGAGUGGUGGGAUGCAGCACAGUGAGUGCAGAUGCUGUGUUUGGCUGCAGAAGCAGAGCCCGUUAAAUAAACAUUCAACAUUCAGGUGUUGAAAAAUAGUAGAUACAAAAGAAAAGGGCAAGGCUCACCUGAAAUGAGUUCCUAAAACAGUUCAGAUGUUUUUUGCAUGUUCAGUUCAUUUUUUGAUGCAGGUGUUGUUCAGGUUCUGGCUUUGUGCUUUGAGUAGGGGCUGAGGAAGGGGGAGUUGGCACAUCUGGCACCACAAGGAUGUUUUAAUGAACAAAGGGGGCUGUUCCUGUGGUCCUGUGGGCUUUUCCUUUUGAGCUGUGUUCCAGAAUGUUCAGGUAAAGGAUGGAAUGUUGGUGUUUCCAAACCCACAGUAACAGGUUUCAUAUAUCCUGCAGGUUGGAGGGAAGUGAAUGUGUAACUCUCAGUAAUUUUGGCUCAGUGAGCGAGGGAAGGGGUUCAGGAUUCUACUGUUAACAAACAUUUAAGGGCGAAGAAAAACAAAAGUCAUGAGACCUUUUCCAGGCCACGUGAAGAAAAAAUACUUCCGAUAUAUUGAACAGCUUUUUGUAAAGAAAAAUAUUUUCACUAUUGAACAGCUUUUGUACAGUUUAAAGAGAAAUUCUCCACUCCUCUCUGACUGGCAUUGUUAAAAUAAUAACCAGAGUUUACCUGGAAAGCAGGAUUUCUGUGUUGUACCCAAAGUAUGCUCUUUGUUCUCUUGUUUUGCUAAUCCUGCAUCUGGAAUGUGACCGUGGGGUUCUCCUGGCCGUGUGUGUCCCUGGGCAUGGGUUUGCUUUGUGUCCCCUCCUGCUCCCCUGCACGGCGCAGCAGUGGCAGGGACAGCUGCAUGUGUUCCCCAGCAGCUGCAGCUGUGCAUGGAAAACUGCAGCGUUAUCCAUCCCCUCCUGUCUGCAGGAAUGUUGGCUUUGCUGUUCGGGUUCUUUAUGUCCGUGUGCUGUGGGAAGAGCUGUACGAUGUCCCUGUCUUGCUGUGCUGGUCUGGGAUGGAAGAGCAGCAAUGGGAAUGUUUUAUUCUUAUUUUGUGAAAUGAAAGAUUGCUGGAUUUUCUGUGGGUAUUUUGUAUUUUAGAUAACCUGCCCCUGUGGGGAGGGGGCAUCCAUGCAGUGUGUGGGUGUGUAUAAAUACGUGUACAGGCACACUGCAGGUUUACACGUGGCACUUGGUCUGUUGUUAGGUUCCUGUUGCAGCCUGGGCUGUUCCAUGCUGUGUUUGAAGCUGGAUGAUCAUUUUUAUAACUGUGUUGGUGUUUUCCUGCCGUUAUUUAUUACCUUUGGUAUCUGGAAUGAGCCGCAUGCGUUUGUUGAGCAAUAAGAGGAUGUAUUUAAUGUGCCUUGUUUUUAACUAAGGACUGAGAGCAUGAAUCAAUAAAACUGGUUAAAAACGCUC